CUCGGCGACGUUUUCGACGUUUUCCACGUAGCGCGCGGCGCGUUGGAGGCACGCGCCGAAAACCCGCGGGAAAAUCGCCGCGUGCUCCUGGCACACUGCGCACCGUUAUCACCCGCAACGUUGUUCUAGGAACGUUUCGCAUCAAUUUCAAACUGUUCGUUUUGAUCACCCGUCUCGCUGUUCGUCGUGUUCGUCCAACGGAAAUUUGGAACAACGUGCGAGUUGCGCAGUUCGUAUCCCUGCGGUCCGUAACCGUAAUUUUGAACCAUUUUAACGCAACGCUUUGACAUCACGGUACGAGUAGCAAGCGAUCAUUUGUUAUUCAACGGCGAUGGAGGAGAUCGACGUUCGUUCCGCCGACGAUGACGCGACCGGAUCCGUCGUGAGGGGCAAGAAAAAAUGCAUCACAAAUUCCGAGUAUUACGCAAUGAUCGAUUGGAUCGACUCACUGAUCAGCGACAAAACCAAUUUCAUCCUAAACAAACAUGGUGAGCUGGCCAAGACAGUCAAGAGUAAAUAUUCCCAUUUGAAUGAAAACACUUUGCUGAGUAUUAUCGAUGCUCGCGUUCAACAUUAUGUACGUAAUCGUCACUACAAGGUUUUCAAUAAUUCAUCAAAAUCUAAGACUUCUGUACCAUCAUCAGCUUCAUCAACAAUUGCACCGAAGCUUGGUCAACAGCAACAUAAAGGAAGUUCAGUAAAAAUUACCCAGACAUUGUAUGAUAAAUAUAAAAAAUUAGCAGCCAACAAUUCUGAUAAAUCUCCAUUAAUUACAUUGGCAAAUAAUUUAUAUAUGCCAGCCAUGUUGGUCGCAAAGAUGGUAGUUGGAGAUCACAUACAGGAUGAAAAACUAAAAGAUCGCCAGCAACGUUUUAACAAUGAUGAAAGUUCAAAUAGUAGUAUAUUAAAUGACAGUGGUACCUUAUUAAAUGAUAGUAGUACAAUAUUACAAGAUGGUAUCAAUAAACCUGUUCCUACCAAAGUUACUGAAGUAAAUGUUGAUUUUAUGUUAUCGCAACAAUUGAAGUGGCUUUCUGCUAGAAUCCGUUCAUUGAAAAAGGUUACACCUGUUGAAGUAUUAAAUCAGUCUUUCAAUAGUUCUACUAAUAGCAAUUCAUCCUGUUCAAUGAAUGCUAAAAAUUUACAUGUAUCAAUACAUCAACUAUGUACUUCUACUUGGCUUAUACGUACCGAUCCACAAUUAGCUUACCAAGUGUAUAAAUGUUCAAUAGUAGAUAGUAAUUAUGGGUCAUGCAUUGAAUUUAUAAAAAGUUGCACGGGAAGUCGAUAUGAACAAGUCCUUAAACAGUGUAUGACAUGUUUUACUACUGUUGCCAAAUCAAAGAUUAACCAACAGGGAGAAAAUUCUUUCUUUAAAACUGAAAAAGAGUGUCGUUUACGUGGCUUAGAUAUGACACCCGAUAUGGUACUCAAUGAACCCAUUGCUAUCAUAUUAUCUGACGAUGACAGUAACAUGGACUGUUAUCAAGAAAACAUUGCAUCUCAUUAUGUUGGAGGUGAUGAAAGUACCAUUAGAGUGUUGAACUGGAUAGAGUCAAAAGCGAUGUUUGGUAGUCCUGAACAGUUACAUAACGUUAUGCAACGACAACUGUUUCCUUAUUGGAAUCGUUAUGGUCCUGGAGCUGUUAUCUUUUGGUUUGGACACAUUAUAGAUGACAAUGAAAAAGAUAAAAGUAUUCAUGCUGGUGUUUCUUUGAAAAAACCUACUGCUACUGAUUGUAUUUCAGUUUCAAAAGAUAAUACACCUACUAGAGUCAAUUUAACAGAAUCAUCUGCAUUUAAAUUUUGGUCUAAAUAUUGUCUUUUAAUGGAUGGAUUUCCUGCUUCUAGUAAAAUCAUUAUGCAUAACCAAACAAACAAUCACCAAAACUGUACGAAGAAGAAAAUUUUAACUGUAGAGGCAGUAUAAACAUUUAUACUUUUAUAUUAAUGUAUUUUAAAUAAUUAAAC